GUGUCGUUGGCAGAGAGAAGAGGCUGGAGAAAAUGGCAGCAGCAAAAACAACGAUCAGGAGAGAGAAACUGUGAACACCUGACAAGCUUGUGGCUCUCCUGGGACAGGUCGGCAGCCUGUACAGCGAAAGAGAGUCACUAGGGCAUGGAACAUUACUGCUUUGAAAAAUCGCAAAUAGGGAGAAAAAAAAAAAACAACUAACCUGUCUGAAAAUAACGGACUUCUUUGGAAAUAUGGAAGUGUGUUUAACCAACAGGUUCAUAUUGACAGGCUGAAUUAGGAAAGGAUGUAAACACAUUUGUAUUCGUAGGCCACGGUAACUCGAUUGUUUAGGGGACGUAGAGAAGAAGAACAUAUUCUUCAGAAAUCCCCCGUUGAUGUUUUCUGUUCGUCUUAAAUUAUUGUUCAGUGCCUGUUCGAACAAUUCUGUUACGGCGGAUUUAAUUUAUAAACCCAAAUAGAUAUUGUGUGAGUCAGUCACAUAGGUAGUAGCAUAGCAGCCGUUCUAAAUAUUAUUUUAUAGCACAGAAACCAAGCCAGAUAUUUUAUUGAUAUUAUAUCUGUUUUUAUUAAAGUUAAUUUAAGUUUAAACUGUUGCGCUUUAACGAUACCAAGAAGAUGUCGGAGAACCAGGCAAAUGCAAAUAACAACCCUUUGAAUAACAACGCCGGCGGGGGAAACAGAAUGAGGAACCCCAAUAUCAACCAGAACCCGCUGAUCAACGUCCGCGACCGGCUUUUCCACGCCCUCUUCUUUAAAAUGGCAGUUACAUAUGCCAGACUGUUCCCUCCGUCUUUCCGAAGAAUCUUCGAGUUCUUUGUCCUACUUAAGGCCCUGUUUGUGCUCUUCAUCCUGGCCUACAUCCACAUUGCCUUCUCGCGCUCCCCCAUCAACUGCCUGGAGCAUGUGCGUGAAAAGUGGCCUCGGGAUGGGAUCCUGCGAGUGGAGAUCCAGCGCAACUCGAGUCGGGAGCCCAUCUUCCUGCAGUUCUACGACAUGGACAACUUCCAGGGGCUCAUCAAAGAGCCAGAGGGGGGCCAGGGGGCCGAGGAGGAGAUGACCCUUGAGAUGUUCGACAACAGCUCCGUACAGUUCGAGCUGGACUUUGAGCCCAAGCUGAAGCCAUCUCUGAGCAGCAGCAUGGAGGCUCUGACGCAAGCAUGGGGGCUCAACGAUAGCCAGGACCUCUCCUUCACCCAAGCGCCCACUAAAGUGUGGCCGCAGGAGGAGUACAUCGUGGAGUACACUCUGGAGUAUGGCUUCCUGCGCCUUUCUCAGACCACGCGGCAGCGCCUCAACGUUCCAGUCAUGGUGGUCACCUUGGACCCCUUGAGGGAUCAGUGUUUCGGGGAUGGCUUCAGCCGCUUCCUGCUCGAUGAGUUUCUGGGCUACGAUGACAUCCUGAUGUCCAGUGUCAAAGCACUGGCUGAAAAUGAGGAGAACAAAGGAUUUCUCCGUAACGUGGUCUCGGGCGAGCACUACCGCUUUGUGAGCAUGUGGAUGGCCAGGACCUCCUAUCUGGCUGCCUUUGUCAUCAUGGUCAUAUUUACGCUGUCCGUCUCCAUGCUGCUGCGCUACUCACACCAUCAAAUAUUCGUCUUUAUUGUGGACCUGUUACAGAUGCUAGAGAUGAAUAUGACGGUUGCCUUCCCUGCUGCACCUUUACUCACAGUCAUACUGGCUCUAGUGGGCAUGGAGGCCAUCAUGUCUGAAUUCUUCAAUGACACGACCACGGCAUUCUACAUCAUCCUGAUUGUGUGGCUGGCAGACCAGUACGAUGCAAUCUGCUGCCACACAAACACCAGCAAGCGCCACUGGCUAAGAUUCUUCUAUCUGUAUCAUUUUGCUUUCUAUGCGUAUCAUUACCGGUUCAAUGGACAAUACAGCAGCCUGGCUCUUGUGACCUCUUGGCUCUUUAUACAGCACUCAAUGAUCUACUUUUUUCACCACUAUGAGCUGCCUGCCAUCCUUCAGCAAAUUCGUAUCCAAGAGAUGCUCCUCCAAAACCAGCAAGCAGGCCAGGGCAACCAGACCACCCUGCAGGACAACCUGAACAACAACACCACCAGCAGCAACGCCACAGGGGGGGUAGCACAAGGUGGGACUCCUCCCCACCCAAACGGCCUGGCCAAUCAGGGAACAGGAGGAGGAGCCGGGACCCUAAGCGACCUGGACUGGGUGGCGGAAACGGCAGCCAUCAUAACAGAAGCCCUGUCAGCCCCACAGCUGCGGGGUUCCCUGCAGGAGGCUGAGGCCACUGCAAACCUAGAAGAUCCCCCGGAUGGAAGCAUCAGUGUGGUGGCAAUCCUGCAGGGGGAGAACGAGGACACCGAUGCUGCUGAUGCUAAUCUAGUUACUGUAGAGAUCACAGCAUGUGGCAACAGCCAAGAUUCCAGUGCAGCACCCCAGCUUCUAAACGGGCCGUCUUUUCCAGAGACUCACACAGAGGGGACUAGGGCUGGAGGAGGCAAUGAGCUUGUUGACUCUAGUGGCCCAGAUGGAGUGCGGCAGCCUCCGAUUGCUGAGGCUGCCUCCAAAGAGCAGAAGGAAUACGAAUGGGAUGCAAAAAGAGCCUGAAGCAGCAUAUACAACAGCAGCCAUGACAUCCAGUGAGCAACCAACCCCUUCUUGAGCUCCACCUCGGUUUCAAGACCAUGUUUGUCUGUGGCAGCCUUGUGCAGACCCUGAGAACUUUGAAAAUAGAAGCUGGGUUCAGUUUUGAGAGGGUAUGGGUAAAAGAAUACCCUGUAAGAGGAAGUUAUUUCUCCCCACCACUCCCCUGGCACAUAUAUUAAAGCUUUUAUUAACGUGGUGCUUUUGUUUUGUUUUGUUUUUUUUAAACUGGAAUUCUAUUGAAAUCCUAAGAUUAUUGUGGGCCAGGCAUUAUAAAGAAAAAGGUGCACUAAUUAAGAAUAUGGAGGUAUUUUGUGACAUCCGAUUCUAUUGCAGGAAAGCAGAUUGAGAAAAAAAACGAAAUAAAAAAUAUGAACAAGGUGGCUGUGCGUGCUUUGAAGAGAAUGAUACUCUUAAAGCAGAACGUUGUCUUUUUAUUAUUAUUUUUGUUUUAUAAUAAACUAAUUUCUUACUGUU